AUUUGAAUAAUCCCAAAAAUGGGUCUUACAUCCUGGAAACCCGUCUUGGAGAGGCACCGGCCGGGAAUCGUGGAGAAGUGGCGCGCCUUACAAGCUGAGUUACCGAAGAUCGAGGCGCAUUACAUCUACUUCCUCAAUAAGCUUUCCCCUUACCUCUUGUCUCGCAUCAAAAAGCGGGCAAAGGAACUACGCGUGCCCAGCAUUUCACAAGCGGAAUUUGGCAACCUCGUCGCAGACGACUCCUUUGCCAGCAAUAUCACCGCCACAUGGGAUGACUUUGCCAAUAAAUUCCACCGCGAUAACGACACAUCGAAACUCACAUACGGAAUCUGGUUCCCAGUCUCGAACACAACGGGCAAGCUGAAAAGGCAGAUGGGUUCGCCUGUCAUGGUGGAGUCUUUAAGGUUUUUGGACCCCCCGGUACGCGCAGCGGUCAGCGGAACCGGAGCAAUUCUUCUUCCUACGGCGAUCGCAAAUUAUCAAACCAACGGGGAGGUUUCCGCGGCAGCACACGCAGCAGCGGAUAUCAAGGUCGUUCCCCCGGACAAGGCUAUCGAGGCCGCGACGGCGGCCGCGGCGGGUCCCACAGUCAUCAACGACACAAUUCGCCCGAUGCAAAACGCGAAAAACAGAAGAGGGAUGCUCAAUGGCGACGCCGGAUAUGCCGCAUAUACCGGAUCCACCGAACCCAAGGCCAUUUCCUCCUCGCACAAUUACCAUUCCCGAACGAGCCGCGCAUCCUUCAAUGGCGCGCGCAAUGGACCCACUGGGUCAGCGGGCCGCACCUCAGCGAGGGAUGGUGUUCAAUUCCGCCCGCACAGGACGACUCCAGCACCCCAGCGCAUCCCCAUCCCCAUCGCCAUCCCCAUCGCCAUCCCCAUCCCCAUCCCCGAUCGUGGUUGUCGCGCGCCGACCUCCUUUGGCUACUACCGCUCAUACAACGAGUAAAGCAAAGCAACGCGACGGUACGGACGCAGUACGGCGUAGGGCGUCAAAACAAAAUGGGCUCAAUCCCCCCAACAAAUGCGACGCUACACCGGCGAGUACCACCUCUCAACGACCGAGCGCGAUCAACUACAACUCAAACUCGACGACUGUCUCGCGAAGGGGAUCAUCGAAGACUGUACCGACGAGAUGCGCGCUCACGGCCCGAAUCUCCCGCCCGGGGACAUCACCUCACCGGUGUUCAUGGUAUACCAACCAUCCCGCUCAAAAUGGCGCCAGAUUGUCGACUACACCGGCGUAAACGAGCAGAGCCCGACGGGGCACUUCAAAAUGGAGCGGUAUAGGGCGUAGUAUCAGUUAGACCGCUCGAUGCGGUAUAGGGAGUAGUAUCAGGCAUAAACCUCGUGUAUUUGCUUUUGGGUUUGGGGUGAGUGGAUA